AUGCUACCAUUUCAGGUACUGCAACAGAAGCCAUACGGUAAGGCGGUCGACGUUUGGUCGAUUGGUGUUAUAACGUACAUCUUAUUGUGCGGUUAUCCACCGUUCUAUGAUGAGAAUGAUGCGAAUUUAUUUGCACAAAUCAUUCGCGGUGAAUACGAAUUCGAUUCGCCGUAUUGGGACGAAAUAUCCGACUCAGCGAAAGAUUUCAUAUCGCAUUUGAUGUGCUGUGAUCCGAAUAUGCGAUACACGUGUGAACAAGCACUCACACAUCCCUGGAUAAAUGGUAAUACAGCGCGAACGAAAGAUAUUCACUGUUUGGUGGCACCGCAUUUGAAGAAGAGUCUUGCGAAACGAAAUUGGAAGAAGGCGUUCAACGCAACGGCCGCAAUACGACAACUUCAGAUGUUGCGCUUAUCAUCCAUAUCACAUGCUGCUGCUGCUGCUUCAACAUCAGCAGCAUCUAGUUAG